AUGGCCCACGCGGAGCGCACCUUUAUUGCUAUCAAGCCCGACGGCGUGCAGCGCGGCCUGGUGGGCGAGAUCAUCAAGCGCUUCGAGCAGAAGGGAUUCCGCCUUGUGGCCAUGAAGUUCCUUCAGGCCUCUGAGGAACUCCUGAAGCAGCACUACAUUGACCUGAAAGACCGCCCAUUCUUUCCAGGGCUGGUGAAGUACAUGAACUCAGGGCCAGUUGUGGCCAUGGUCUGGGAGGGCCUGAAUGUAGUGAAGACAGGACGAGUGAUGCUUGGGGAGACCAAUCCAGCAGAUUCUAAGCCAGGCACCAUUCGUGGUGACUUCUGCAUUCAAGUUGGCAGGAACAUCAUUCAUGGCAGUGAUUCAGUAAAAAGUGCUGAGAAAGAAAUCAGCUUGUGGUUUAAGCCUGAAGAACUGAUUGAAUACAAGUCUUGUGCUGUUGACUGGAUAUAUGAAUAA